AUGAUGCUUGCAGUGUGGCUCUUUGCAAGCCUCCUUCUUGCGACGGCUUGCCCGUUUGCCAUUGCUCAAAAUUACGACCCGCCGACCGCAGAUGCCGUCUCUAUCCUGAAUACUACAGUUGAAAAUCAAGACAUCCUGCACACCCAGGUCACUGUUCUGACAGCCGACGGCCAUACUAUCGUUCACAACGUCUCAGAGCAACAGCCGGCGGACUUUGUGGUUCAGCCGCGCUUUAAACGUAGUGGCAUAGACAUCUACAGCAUCAAAUUGCUCAUCGUGCUCGUCGACAGUAUUGGCCUCCUUGCAAGACAAUCCUUCAACGCGACUUUCUCAAGAUGGGAGUGGCCGGGCACUGACCGAGUCUCGGUUCAUAUGACAAGCAGCAAGUCUCUGACCAGCGCAGGCUUUCAGACGAAAACUAUGAUGUGGUCACUUCGCUCUCUCGUGCAAUUCUUUGAGAUCCAGCACCGUUACGCCGAGGUGUCCUUUAUCAGUGGCUACGCGAACCAGCCAUCCCUUGGUGGAGGCCAUUUGACCUAUACACCUCCAGGGCCGCAGAAUAUUAGCUCAUCGACAGACGUCAGUGACGAUUCCACGGCCAACGACGACUUCAUCACUGCAGAUGACUUUAAGAACAUAGCAAUGGAGCCUGUCUACAAGCCUGCAGAUCUCUUAGAACUUAUCAUGAGUUUGCUCAUAGAUGUAGCUGAGCAAGGCCCUGAUGUUCUCUUGGGCGCUAUAUCAGUGUACAAUAAUCGCGCCGACCUUUCGCUAAUUGUUGGCGCAACAAGUCGGCCUGCAGAUCCUAUGCCUUACAAAUCCCUCGUCAUUGCGCUUCUCGACUUGGCUUCGAAGCUGCCCCUAUUGGAUCCUACAUACCAGUGGCGACAAACUCAUUUCUUGAUUCGAAAUAACAGAGUUAUUGUUGGGAAAGGCGUCUUCGUGAAAGGAGGACCUCCUGGUCUUGAAUCAUUCCUUAAAGAAGCAGAUGUUACUGCCGCACCUGUGUCAAAGUUUUGA